CUCAAGACGUUAGCAUCGAGGCUCGCUCCCGUUAGCUUCAGAGUGAUACUUUGCAUGUGUAAUGUAUUUAAAGAUAACUCGUUAGCUAACCUGAAAAUGGUUUCAAGUUAGUAAACAAGUAAUAAAAAACGCAUUUGUCUUAGAAAGCAGGAAAUUUGCACACAGCGGCAGCAAGUUGAAGAUGGAGCCUCUGGAUCCUGCAAGGAAUAGUGAAGGCAGUGGAUUUUCAAGGCGCCGCCUUUCCUCGAUUUUAAAAGUACCACGGAAAUCAUCCAGGUCCCUUGAUCAAGAGCAGCAGGAAAAUGUGAUUGAAUGUGCCAAAUCUGUGGAAAAGAGGAAUUCAAGACGAGUCAGUUUCGCCCCUGCCAAUGAUGUUCUUUUAUUUGCCAGGGAUGCCAAAAAUGCCUCCCCUGUCCGAAGUCCUUUGCAAGAGUUAAUAACAGCCACAGGAGCAGCAACCACACAAAAUAGGGCCCAGGUGGGAGUCACUGAUGAUGGGAGUCAUCAAAUCAUCGGUAUGGAAACCCUUUUGAAUGCUCCUCUACAUGCUUCCCAACAAAGGGAUAAGGCCACUGAGGAUGACUUUGGGGAGAAAACAGUGAUGUUUUCCUCCGAAGAUGCAGUCAUGGAUAUGACCCAAAGCCACACUAUAAACAUUGGUUCAGAAAUACCUGAAGAUAUACCCCUUGAUAAUUACGAAAUUUUACCAGCUCUUGGAGAGAAACGAUUUAUAGGUGAUAAAUCCACGACCCUAUCACUGUCCACGGGCAGGAAUGUGGGUGGAAGUGCACCAUUGUCAUGUUUGGAUCCUGCAUUUGAAAACUUCCUUGCAAGUCUCUCUAAACCAGGUGUUCAGAGCACAAAUGCUGUGAACAUCAGAUUGACUCUCCCUGCUGGACCAUCCUCUGAAGAAACAAAUGGGUCCGCGGCUCAGAUUAAAACACAAAGAGCUGAUCUGGAUAAAGAAAAUCAAGUUCCAGUGUUUGUUUCUGCUCUGAGGGAGAAGUCACUAAAUAACACCAGGAAGAUCAGAGAAUCAUCUUGUAAGAGUGCACUCUGUCCAGAAGAUGAUGUGAGCAUGGAUAUGACUGAAGUUCAGACAGGUCGUAUUCUGGGAGUCUGCGGCGAUGUUGAUGAUGAUGAUAAUCCUUUCCAGUGUCUUUUUCCUACUCAAGACAUGUACGCCCACUCACAGAUGAAGCUGCAGCAGAGCAGUAUCACCUCAGGAUUAACUGACCCAAAAGAUAAGAGGUCCUUGAUAAAACCUCCUGUACCUGUUCCUCAUCAAAGACAUAAGGUCAGCCCUGAUGCAAACAAUGAAUGCAAAGACAAAACAAUAGUGUUUGCAGCAGAUGCCGACUCUAUGGACAUGACUGGGUGUCACACAGUGAACAUCGCCUGUGGAACGUUGAUUCUUCAGCAAAAGUCAGGAGCUGAUAAAGAGAAUUGGCUGCUAAAUACCACUCAAAAUGUUAGAGAGCCCUUUAAAGGAGCUACCAUGUGUCCUGAUGGACUAAACAUGGACACCACAGGAGCUCAAACAAACCAGGUUUUGGAUGAUCCUUUUCAGUUUCUUUUCCCCUCGCAAGACAUGUACGCCCAUUGUGAAAGCCUCAAGAAAGCAGAUACUACUUUAGGACAGCGGAUAAGUGAAGCACUCAAAUCAUCUAACCAUAAAGGUAUGGAAGCCUCAUCUUUAAAGGGACUAAAAGAUCAGAACAAACCUGACACUGAGAACAGCUGCAGCGAGAAAACAGUGAGAUUUUCUGCAGAUGAUGCCUGUAUGGAUGUGACAGGAAGUCCCACUAUAAACAUCACUCAGUUACAGCUACAGUCUGACCAAAAAUUUGGCUUUUUACCCGCUAAAGAGAAAACCUUGACGUUCACUCCAUCCAGUACUAUGGAUGAGAACCAUGGCCUCACUGUAAACACUGCCAGAAAUUUAGUACCAGAUUCAUUUAAUCCUGGGAAGAAACAAGACAGUGAAACAUGUGGUCUGCCUAGGAACACAUCUUUAUCAGUGCACAAUUUGGAUCCAGGAUUCAGCCUUACAGAUUCCUCCAGCAUUAAAAAUAUGAUCACCUCUAAUGGAGAUCCAAGCUGUCCAGAAGACAUAAGCAUGGACAUGACUGAAGCUCAAACAGGCUACAUUUUGGUAGGGGAUGUGGGCACAGAUAGAGUAGAUGCUCAGACAGGCCAAGGUGCAGAUGAUUGUGUUAGGGAUCCUGUUCCCACACAAGGCAUAUACUCCCAAUGUGGCAAUCUGAGGAAAACAGACUGGCAGAGGAGUGAAGCAACUGGAUCAUCCAGCUGUAAAGAAACCUUCCCGAAGCCUUCUGGAAACACAAAGGUGCAAGCACAUCAGGUCAAGCUUGAUGUUGUAGAUGACUGCAAAGAGAAGACAGUGAGGUUUACUGCUGAUGAUGCCCUUAUGGAUGUUACACGGAGUCACACUGUGAGCAUCAUCAGUGAUUUAGAACUCCAGUCACACCCAAACGCAGGCCUUUUACCUGCUAUUGGAGAUAAAACAGUGAGGUUCAGUAUAGAUGAUGCAGCUAUAGAUGUGACACGAAGUCACACUGUAAACAUCAUCAGCGAUUUACGCCUGGAGUCGCACCAAAAUGCCGACUUCUUACAGGCUAAUGGAGAAAAAACCGUGAGGUUCAGUACAGAUGAUGCAGUAAUGGAUAUGACACAAAGUCACACUGUUAACAUUGCCACUGAUUUGAGCAUGCAAUCACACCAAAAUGUGGAUCUUUUGCUUGCUAAUGGAGAAAAAACAGUGAGGUUCACUAUGAACGACGCAGCAAUGGAAGUGACACAAAGUCACACUGUGAACAUUAUCAGUGAUUUACAGAUGCAGCCGCACCAAGAAGCAGACCCCUUACUUGCUACCAGAGAUAAAACAGUGAGGUUCAGUAUAGACGAUGCAUCAAUGGAUGUGACCCGAAGUCACACUGUGAACAUUGCCACAGAUUUAAACAUGCAGACAGAUCACAGUUUGCCUCUGAAUGGAGAAAAAACAGUGAGGUUCGGUACAGACGAUGCAGCCAUGGAUGUGACCCGAAGUCACACUGUGAACAUUGCCACAGAUUUAAACAUGCAGACAGAUCACAGUUUGCCUCUGAAUGGAGAAAAAACAGUGAGUUUCGGUACAGACGAUGCAGCCAUGGAUGUGACCCGAAGUCACACUGUGAACAUUGCUACUGAUUUUGACAUGAGGCUACAUCAAAAUGCGGACUUUCCUCCUACCUCUGAAGAGAAAACGGUGAGGAUUGCUGCAAAUGAUGGAGCCAUGGAUAUGAUGGAGUGCCUCACUGUAAAUAUUCCCAGUGUUUCAGCAUCAGACUCGGUUCUACCAGUGGAAAAAAUUCCACCCUUCCAGGAAAACCAGGAUUUUUCUAAUAAGGCCUUUGAUCUACGUGGAAAAACCUCUUCAGCACAUGAUUUAAAUCAAGAAUUUAAAAAUUUGUCACAGGCAUGUAGCCCUUGGGUUGAUAUUAAACCACAGGACAAUGAUACACCAUCCCCUCAAAAAGCUACUGACUCAAAGGACUUAAUGGUACACCCUAAAACACAGAACCCUGCCGUUAAUACUGAAAAUGAAGCUCCAGUUUUAGUUUCAUGUUUCAAAGAGCAGCCAGUAAAUACAACCAUGACGGACCGUCCAGAAAUCAGUGCAAGCAUGGAUAUGACUGAACCGCAAACAGGCUGUAUUUUGGGUCAAACGUGCACAGAUGACCCCCUUCAGUGUCUGUCUGAUCCCAAUUCAGAGCAUUUGAGACAAACUGGGAGUACGUCACAGAGAAGUGAUGAUUUAGGGUUAUCUAAUCCUGAUGACUUGGAAAAUAUUAAUGUGACAGAAUCUCUUCACUCAACCAAAAGAGAGAUAACAGAAGAACCUGGACCAAUAACUACAACUUCUCCUACAUCACAGGAUGUGGAAAUUCAUUCAGACAGUGCUGCUGACCAAGAUGUUGAUUCACAAAAGUUUAGACGAAUGAGUUUAGCUGAUCUCCAGUCAAAAGUAAGGCGUUUGAGCUGCAUGAUAAAUGCAGCUCCUAGUGCUGUUGUGAUGGAUAGCUGCACAGCACCUUUGCAUCUUUUGGAGCAGGACCUUGAGAAAUGCCCAAAGGAUAAAACCAUAUCUUUCGCUGUAGCAGAGCCAGAACCUGCAAUGGGAAUGGUAAACACUGAAGAUAAUACAGAAGCUCGAUCUCUUACAGAAGCAGAACAUCCUUGCGGCGCAAUUACUACAACUCCUUUCAGUUCAAAGACAAAACAGCUUAUGUCAAGAAUUUCAGUGGGAGGCUUUAAACCGAAACUGCCCCAAAAAUCCAAACCUGAUGAUUCAAAGAACGCUAAAUCUGCAGAAAAGCAUACAAGGACAGUCACUGUCAGUGUUGCCAAUGGGCUGAAAAACUUUAAUGAUGAUUUAAGUGAUAUUUAUGAUGAAGAGCUGGGUAGCUAUGAAGAUAUGUCAGAAACAGUAGACACUAGGAGUCCUCAGAAGUCCCCGGAGGUCAACGUGGUCAAGCCUUUAGAGGACAGUGUAUUUGAAGAAGACGUUUUUAACCCUGUUCAGGGACAAAAGAGACUUUUGCCAAAAGAUAAAACCAACAUGAAGGAUCAGAAGAGAAUGAAACCAUCCUGCGACACCGUUGAAAUGUCAUAUGUUGUAGAGUGUGACAGUAACAUGACUACAGCUCCCCUGACUGCACAGACAGCGGAUUGCUCCAGCAAUCACACAGCCAGCAUCAAAUGCAACACUGCAUCUGAGUCAACUUUUAAGCACAACCUGUUUGAAUCCCAACUCGAGGACAAUGCUACUGAUGUACAGAAGAAACUGGAAGAUGGCACCAUAACCGUGUUGGAGCUCUUCAGACUCUUCAGCAUUGACUUUGUCAUCCAUAAUCCUCGGCAGAGUGUCCUUCCUGGCAGACUUUUGUCUGACACAGAGACCACACCAAUGGAUUUAUUGAAAGACAAGCACAUCAGUCGCCCUAAACAGAUGGUCUAUGAGAUGGACGUCUUUAACCUCACAGAAAAGGUUGAAGGGCUGAAGGUGCGAAUGCGGGAUCUAGACAAACCUCUUAAUACUGUCAAUAGACGUUUGUGGGAAGAUAUGAGAUAUGCUUCGGAGAAAGAGCGGAAAUCUUUUGGUACUAAACUCAAGGAGAGAAAUAACUUCUUCAGAAAAACAAGCAAAGUUCAGUCACAUGAAAUGAAGGAGGUCCUAUACUCAAAUCUUGUGCAGGCAAAUCUGGAGGAGCAGCAGAAGUUGAGAGGAAGAAUUCAGGAAGCAGAUGAGAUGAUAAAAACUCUGGAUGACUGUAUUGGUAAAUUAGAAACAGAACUUGAUGCCAUUGAAGAAAAAGGCUUUCAAGACAAAGCAGGUCUGAAAUCACUGCAGGAAGAAAUGAAGCAAGUCACUGAGAGGACAGCUGAGGAUGAGAGACAAAUAUCUGAAUUAGAGAUGCAGAAGAAGCACAAUUCAAGUAAAGUCAAAAGGCUUCAAGCUGAGACGAGGAACCUGGAGAGUCACAUGGGCAUUCUGAACACGAUAAAUGAAUGGAAGCUCAGAGAGAUGAGGGACAACUUCAAAGUCUACACGUUCCUCCAUGAGACCAUGCAUCUGCAGCUGGUGUUUGAAAAGUCGAAUGGAAGUGAGGCUGACAGUGAGCAGAAAAUAACACACAUCACCUUUAAACUUGAACUGGAUGAUGAGAAGUCGCAGUGCCAUGCCCGCCUUGUUCACAAACUGGUCUCCCAGUACAUUGAAGGUGAAAGUUCCUGGGUGGAGAAAUACCCAACAAGCAGACAUGUGCCAAAGCUGCUCCAUGAUGUCAGCCUGGUGGUGAGUCACUGUCGUCUUCUGGGAGAAGAACUGCGUCUGCUAAAACUGUGGGGAGGGCUGCGGCUGGAUAUACUCAACAUCAGUUGCACUGACACCAAAGUGCACGUUGUCUUCAGCAGUUUGAAGAAAUGUUCUAAGUUUGAGGUGGUCUUUGCCGUCUGUCUUAUCAACCACCUGUAUGUCCUUCAAGUAGAGAGCUUUAAAAAUAUUGUCGGAAGCACAACGAUUCAACAGAUUGAAGAGACUGUGGCUUCGUUCAGUCCGGCCAAGAACCUGCUGACAAAGACCGUCAAAAGGAUUCACGAAGUGCUUCUAUGCUGAGACCAGAAAUGGGUCCAGGGUCACAUUUUGAUUCCAGCUGUUUUUUGUAAUUAAACCCGGUUGUACAGCUUAGAGGUUAAAGGACUUAAAUUCUUUUACAACUCUAAGAAUAAAUAUAGUGUACAGAGUUUAAGUCUGGCUUUUCUUCUGUUGUGUGAAAGAAGUGCUAUAUUUUUUUGUAUGUGAAACAGCUGUUAUUGCUGCAAAUUUUAAUUUUUCAACAUGAGCAAAACAUAAAAAGUUAAGUUCAAAUUAAAGAUGUUUGGAUGUUACAAAUAUUCGCAAACAUUUCGAUCUCUAAACUUCUAAAAGUAGAUGCUCUGGAAGGUUUUUCACUAACAGAUUUACUUGAGGAGUAGUGGAAUGCUUUUCAUCCAGCAUAAUUGCCUCAUCAUAGUCAUAGUUUAAAACAUUAAGCACACUUUCAUUGGUGUGGUGCAGUUUCCAGAGUGACCUCUAGAUGGUGGACAUAAACUAUCAACUGUUGCAAAUCUUUGCAGGACCUACCACAUGAAAAUAUAUUUCUCUUUAUUUUGUUCAUACUGAAAUGACAGUAAUCACAUAAUCUCUGUCAAAGCUUUUAAAAUUAUUAUUAGAGAGCAAGAACUGUAAAAUAAACAUGCUUUGCAUUAUAAGGGCUGUGGGAGUAUUUUUGUUUUUUUGCCAUAUUGUUACCUAAUUUUCU